GUAUAUAAGCGCCCAGCCACCGGACCCGGCGACACUACACGCAUCGCCAGUUUUGGGGGCCGUGGUGACUACCGCCUCACAAUGAAAACAUUCGUGGUAGUACUCGCUGUGGCAGGGCUCGCAUCAGCCGAUAUUGGCCUUGGCUACAAUUAUAGCCCGCCCAAAAUACAGACAUCAUAUGGCACACCAUCAUACACCAUUACGAGCGGCAACGGUGGCUUUAACACUGGCUACACAGGUCAAAACACGGGCUCUGUUUACAAAGGACAGAGUUUAAGUUCCGCAUCGAACGUGUACCAAACCUCUGCAGGUUUACAGAAUGGAUACCCAAGCCAAGUUCAAGCCGCCGGUACUGGAUAUCAAGGAAACGUCUAUCAAUCAGGCACAGGUUACCAAACUGGUACCGGAUAUAAUUCUGGAGGAAACUAUGCUGGGGCAGAUUCUACUGGAAACCAGUAUCAAACUAGUGGAUCAUUUGGAACCAGUGGGUCGCUCCAAGGUGUUCAGGGCCUCAAUCAGUACCAAUCGUCAAAUCAAUACCAUGCUAACUCAGCAAAUUACCAACAAUACUAUAGUCAACUGCAACAUCAAGCACCUCAAAUCUUCAAACACUUCUAUGUUCACGCCGCCCCUGAAGAAACAGAGUUACCGAGACCCCGUCAGCCAGUGGUCCUGCCUGCACCUCAAAAACAUUACAAGAUCAUCUUCAUCAAGACGCCAGCCCCUGUUGUCGGGUCUACACAAUUUGUACCCGUGCAACAACAAAACGAAGAGAAAACGAUUGUAUACGUUCUAGUUAAAAAACCAGAGGUAGCUGAGGACAUUGUCGUCCCGAAAAUUGAACAGAAGCCACCAUCCAAACCCGAGGUAUUCUUCAUCAAAUAUAAGGGCAAAGAAGACAGCCAGCAUGUAAUCAACAACAUCGUUAAUGAAUAUAACAGUGGAAAAGAGUCUGUCAAUGUCGGGGGUGCGUUCCACUCUAGCGGUACUCUAGAUUCGAUCGCAGAUGUCAAAUACGUACCGCAAUCCGUGGUAUCAUCUGGAUCUCAGUAUGAAACCAGCAGUGGAUCUGUGGGGAAUUCAGGAUCCUUCGAGAGUGGCUCAUCAGGUUCCCGCUAUCAAACACAAUCCCUUGGAACUAGCUCCGUGGGCUACCCAUCAUCUACUGCGGGUUACCAAGGAUCGACUGUAGCCCCGAUCCAGAUCGGUUCUGGUACCGGAGGGUACGACAACAACAGCGGGUUCUCGUCCACAGUAUCCUCUACGGGCGGCCAGAACGUGAUUUCUUCUCACCAGGGUAUUCCUCAUGAAUCUUAUGGGACGCCGAAAUUUAGCAACAAUUAACAAACUAAAUAAACCAUGAAAAUUAUAU